AUGAAGCUGAACAUAGAUUUACACUUCCGGGGUAUUGCGUGGUUGACAGAGAUUCACGAGUACGCCCAGCAGGACGUGGUCGUCAUGCUGCUGGGCAACAAGGCCGACUCCACGCAUGACAGGCUGGUGAAGCGAGAGGAGGGCGAGAAACUGGCAAAGGAGUUUGGUGUGCCGUUCAUGGAGACGAGCGCUAAAUCUGGACUGAAUGUGGAGCUGGCCUUCACCGCUGUGGCCAAAGAACUGAAGCACAGGACCAUGAAGGAACCGGAUGAGCCGAAGUUCCAGCUGCAGGAGUACGUCGACAAAGAAAUGAGGACCGCCGGCUGCUGCCGCUCGUAG